AUGAAUUUCAUGGGCAUUCUGAAUCAACCAGCUCAAAAACUUCAGACAGUGGACUCAUCUGUGGGUCUUCUUCAAAUCAAGCCGGAGGUUCAGGGUAAGUUCCUGCCUUGCUGCGCGCUGUCUGUUGAACAUUUUCCACAUAUGACAUUCCGCCUCAUUUCUACUAUUAGUCUUGGAAUCACAAAUUGUGUGCAAAGCUGGUGAUCAGCUUUGGUCGGCAAAGCACCCUUCACAAGCCGAACUUACGACUAAAAACAUUAUUCUCUCAGUAACGGACGCAGCAUCCACCCCCUCCGGUAGGUAGCUCGUUCCAUUGCACACCCCUUUAUAUACAGCUUUUGUGCUAUGACUAAUCCGUGUUUCUUUCUUUUUUCGUCAGAUUAUCGGUCCUUUGUAUGUAACCUCUGUAAUAAAGCCUACAAAUGGAAGAAGGAUCUCCAAAGACACAGCCGCCUGGUGCAUCAACGUAGGUGCCCUUUUCAGCAUUUUCUUUUUUCACGUUUUUGUAUGUCCGACUAUCAUAUCACAUGAGCUGAAUUGCUAUUCGAUCAUUUUCAAACGAAAUAGUUUCCGACUUUUAACCUUUAGUCGGGACCAGUCUUCAACUAUGCUUACCAACUGGGGCGAUUAUCACCCAUUAUAUAUUAGUUCUUUCUCCUGCCAACCUUUUCACACCGAAUCACUCCAGUAUAUGCAUAUACAUACGUUGGAAUACGGGCAGAAAAGAAAUAUCUCUUUAGAUUAUAUUCCCACAACGGAUACUCGGAUGACUUUCUAUGUCAGUAGACGAAGCAUCAUGAGUUCAAACAAAAAGGUAUUUCAAACUCUACGGUCACCCAGGCACCACAAAUUCACCUGGCGAACUCUCCCAUUUCAGCCAUUUAUGCACUCCACCCUUCGUCAGCGUCGCCGUUUUUGCCAAAUGAGGUCCUAAAAGAGCCUUGGUCUCAAUCAAGUCCAUACCGGCAAUAGUAGAACUUCCGUCCAACCCUAAAUGCCUUCUUUUGCGUUUUAUUUGUCUACCUUUCAAGUAUCAGACUCGCGGUGCAAGCAAGCAGCUGAACAGACCUGGCAGAUUAAACAGUUGCCUCAGCCCGGUGACGAACUCAGGUCCAAAGCGAUGAUUUUGUCCGUCACACAGACAACAUCCACUCCCUCUGGUAGGUCCUAUAGUUCUCAGCAGGACAUGUAUUUAAACGCAUUUACAGCACUCCUGCUGAACUCACCAUUUUAUACUCUCUUAUUUAAAUCAUCUUGCUAGAUUUCCGGCCGUUUGCCUGCGGACUGUGUGGGAAAGCCUACAAAUGGAAGAAGGAUCUACAGAGGCACAAUCGGCGUGUGCAUGGACGUGAGUAUUUCUGCGUCUUUGCACCUCCAUCUCCUUUUCUAACUUUCCUCCUCCCUCCAGAUGCGAACUUUAUUAUCAUUCAUCGGGGUAUCUUGCCGGCUUGCUCGCAUAUAACUUCUCGUGGGAAAAGACUAUUGUCCGUCUGAACUUUUUUGGACUGCAUCCAGUGUCACAUGAAAAUACGAUCCGGACAUCUAUCUGGGUGCAGGAUGAGGAAGUACGGGCGUUCCGUUUUGCCUCGAAGCUUCGACUGAGCUGGAUUUCGGUCUGAUGCUCGCGAAUAGUUGGCUGACGAUAGUUGAUAAACCGGAAAUGUUCAUUUCCGUUUCCAUCUUUAUUCAUCGAUGGCACCUCCUGACCCAUUGGUCGAGCAUCUCAAUCUGAUUUACCCGCAAUUGCAAAGUUGGGCCUGUGGCUCGACAGUCUGUUGGCCACCCACUAGACACCUACUCGACAUCAAAUGAUGUCGAACUCCAUGAAGCAGUUGACAUUCGCUAUUUGAACAAGGGGAGAUAAACCGACCCGCCCAACAUUGUGCAUAAUAUCGUGACGCGACAAACGACGAUCACAGGAAGAAUGACCGUCCACUUGAUACUCAAUUACCCUCCGUAGGCCUCCCGCUAACACAUUAAGUAAUGUUUCCGGCCAUAGACUAGGGGAGACUGUCUUCUUUCUGCUAGGAGACCAUCAACAAGAUUACACUGUUUAGCCAUCUACUACCACUUCUACUACUGUUGUCAUGUUCUUUAUCUGUGUCUGGCGAAGUCGGCGCCAUCGAUGUCCUCUGCUCUACCCUUCAACGCACGACGAUCAGCGACAACAAACUUCAUGAACCCAGCCUACCCUCCCCUCCUGCGUUGGAGGUAAAUCACCAGACUCCUACGACCCAUCUCAAUCUUUUGAUGGACUGAUUUGAGCCAUGUUUUGAGCUGACCUUUUUCUCACCUCCAGUGAAACAGCGGCGUUGAUGCUAGAACAACACUCGACACGUAGGCGGGUGACAUUCUCGCGAGGCUGUCGUGGUCAGGGCUGAAUGUCUCAUAAUUUACUUGGGAGAGUCGUUGAUCGAAAACUGCCAGUUUUUUCUCGUAUUCUAGAACACGGCCCAGCAUCACAAUCGACCGAGAGGACAGACGGAGCUUACGAACGGUACACUCGGACUUUUAUUUUAGUUGGGUUAUCGCUGCAGUCGUAGACGACGUGAAGGUUUUGCGAAAACAUCGUGAGUGACAUUAAUCCGGACAGCGAUGCCCUUGCUCUGUCCGUUAACCAAGAGCUUGGCUUCAAGAUACGUGGAAUUUGUCUGGUUGGCAUGCCGACAAAGAGGACUGAGACCAGUCUGACCAUCUGCCGUCAUUAACCGGACGUCUCCCAAAACGAGGUCGCGACGACUUGAAAUUUGAACCCCACACCAACCGAGGACGUUACACACUCGCUCAUGCUGCUGCUGCUGCAGCAGCCACUCAAUUACGUCCUCCAGAGUACCAGUUCUCCUCAUCUGUCCAAGCAUUAAAAACGGAAGCUGGCACACUGUUGUUUCCCCGUUUUUUUCUGUUUCCCGGAUCUCAGUCCUAGUGAGCAUUUUGAUAUCUGCUGGAUCAUGAGGCUCCAGUCAAACCACGCCUUAUCCGUUCUUAGUGAUGCCCUCCUUAGGCAAUACCUGGUAAGGUUCUUUAGAACAUAACCAGAGCAUCUGACUUCACAUCUGACCCUGGCAUAUUACGGCCACAUCUACCAGUCGCCUACUAACUAUUAGACUUUUCCUUCUAACUGGCAAACGUGCCAAGAAAAGUCAUUGUAGUGCCCGCAGAAUAUAGUGAGUCAGAAGUUUGUAACUCCUGGUAACCGCCUCAUCCUGCAUCCCCUCAGGGACAACUUUGUGCGAUCACUUUUCCCCAGUUCCUAAGAUGCUGGGAGAAGCUUUCAUUUCUCAACUUGAAAAUAGGAGAGUCGAAGUGGGUAUUAUUGUAACUCCGACUGAUUAAAAAGCCCGCAACCGCGUGCCGAGAGUCUUUUCGAACAUUUUUUCGGAUAGGGUUUUGUUUCGUCCAACAGUUCCUACUUGAGAGAGAUUUCUGACGAAAUGCCGUAGCCAAACUGCUCUCUAGCCUGACAAGACCGGUUUCUGCCCUCUGAACAUAGAGUUUGUUUCGAGUAGAGGGUACAUUGACGACGAACUAAGGCCUCUGCGUCUCCUCGACCGGGUCGAUAGGAGGGAAGUGCGGACCUCCAAUUUUGGGGCUCUCACCUGUUUUCUACGAGAAGGGCUGUACGUAAGGACUUCCUCUUCGAGCGGCAUUUUGUCUUCAUCGCUGCCUAUGAACAUUUACCUUCGAAUUGGUUUGUAGUCAGUAAGGCACGCACAGCGUCCACUUCUCUGUUGAUAACCACUUUCAUUGUAUCACAAUGAGAAGGUCCAGGCGAUGACUGGUGUUGUUAACCACACAUCUAUGCUCUGCGCGCAUACACACGUACCCAUGCCUACACAAGAGUGCAAACUGGAGUUAGUCAAAAUCGGAUCCCAUAUUGAUGUGAGUUGCCGUAAAGGCCACUCUAAGAAGCGAGUAUUCGCGUCUGCCCCUGGCCCAGAGGCCGUGCAAGUCACCUCGUCAUUUGGAAACUCCCUGUUUUUUGAUAGUCGAAAGUACCCCCGCCUUCUUAAUUUAGGGAAGGUAUGCGCUGGAUCGGCCUCUAAUCGCGUAUUAAAUUCGUGUCGAGUUUGACUCUUCGAACACUCAAUUUCGCUUCGAAUCCGCACCGAGCUCAGUUAGCCAAUCCCAGCACGUGCAUUUCGGGCAGGGUCAGAUGACAGGACUCCAAGGCCAACCUGCGACCUGUUGCAUGCUAACCUUGAAAUUAUUUGCUAGUCGGAUUACGACUCGCAGUUCAUUCCUCUUAGGGUACCAUUGGCAGACCGAACUGUCAGGUAGCACUGGGCACAUUGACUAGCACAGUUUAAGGCCUCCACAUGCUCUGGUUUAAGAGUGCUCAGCGAACAAGGCGUGAUCAUGGUUGAUUUUUGAUGAUUAAAGGACAGACGCAUCGUCUGAGCGUUUGCUUAGUUCUACGCGUGGACGCGAGGCCGAAUCGUCUUGGACUAUCGACAGUCGAGAAUGCAUUGAGUACACGCUGCAAAACGAUUGACCACUCACUGUGUUUUGUUUUUUUCUCUCUGUUUUUCAAGAGUCACAAAUUCAGCAGAAGCCUGAAGACCACCAGCAGCCUCAACAACAGUCCUGGCCUUUGAAGCUGCCUCCACAGGGCCAGCUGAUUGAUAAGAACCACAUUCCCUCAGCGGCGACAACGACGACGACUGAGGCGUCCACCAGUCCUGCAGGUAGGGCCGGCAAAUCCUUGCUUGCUGCCAAAAAAGCGAUCUUUUGUGGCCGCCUGCCAGUAAAGAGGUUAGGUUUUGUCCGUAGCAUCUACCUGACACUUUGGUCUCAUCUCCUGUCCCAGAUUUCCGACCGUUCGUUUGUGAACUCUGCAGCAAAUCCUACAAAUGGAACAAAGACCUCCAGCGCCACACCCGCCUUGUGCACGAACGUAAGUCGCCAGCCGGUUUGAAGUUGCGCUCCUCCUUAUCUACCACGUUUUAUCCUGAUCGAAGUACUCGAUAGGCAGCGAAUGAAGGCAGCAGCAUGCCGUCGUUGCGUGUAGUUUUAAGUCAGUCUGGUAAUUCGACCGCCACGGACGACGACAUUCGUUGCGUGUCCCACGUAGUAGACGCAGCUCAGGCGACUUGAGCGCGAACUGUUGUGGGGUAGACUUGAGAGGCACGUACCAAAAAGCCUCUUUCCUCACCCACUCAUUUCUCCGACGGCAUGAGAAUGUCAAGACUACCGGAAGCGGGCUCACUCGCAGUGGUUGACGCACGUUAAAUGACCCGUUUACGCGUGCCACACACGACCUGGUCCCCGCUGUACGGUGGAUGUGGAACAUCAUGAAAUUUUGGUCGAAAUUCUUAGACAGAUUUUUUUAUCUGAUAGGAUUACUUGAGGAGGUUUGUCAUGUUAGUUGUCGUGCAGCACAAUCUUAAGAUAUUUCAGUCACGCCGAGAUGCAGGAUUUCGAAUGAGCUUUCUUCCCGGGCGGCUGCCAGAACCACAGCCUGUAAAAACGACUACUUAAGUAUUAUGAACUUCUGCCAUUGAUUUUCGAUGCUCUUAUACAUUCAACUAUAUAUAAUAGAAAACGUGCAAAACAUACUCUUUUUUGUACACAUUUGGUAGCAAACUAGGUCUUCUGUAAUCUUUAUAUUCAAAGGGAGAGUGUGAUUUGGCUUUUAAAAACCUUUUCAACUCCUGAGUAAUUUUUGUCCCACCUGCCGUUGCAAUUGCGUUCAGCGUUUCCAAUCUACAUGCUGUAUACAUCCCGCCAAGGCGAUAUCACAUCUUUCUCUAUGCAGUCAAGAAGACACCAUAUAGGGCUCACACAAUUGUGCUGGGGAUGUGGAUCAAGUUUUGCACUCAAUGAGUGGCAUUAACUAACGUAUUGAUACGAUGCUGUAUGACUGGGCUCUUCCCGGUAAUAAAAGAUCUCAUAAUUAUAAACUUUUAAAACCGAGAGAUCCUCUCUUUUGAAAUAGAAAAUCUGAAAAAGACGUAAUUUGCUAUCAAAUGAGUACAAGAAAGAUUAUUUCCUGCCCGUUUUUGUAAAGUAUAGCUGAAUAUGUAAGUGUGUUGAAAAUUAAUCGGAAAAUUCAUACUACUUAAGCAGUCACUCUGUUGAGUGUAGUCCUGACAGACGGACGAAAAGAAGAUUACUCACGAGUAAGCAUUCCCGGUGUGACUGAGGUACCUUAGGGUUAUUGACCCAACUGUGAAAAACUCGGCGCCUCGGUGGGAUUCGAAUCCACGCAGUAAGGGGAAGGCUUUAGUACAGCCAACGCUCUAACCACCUGAGCUACGAGGCCCCGCCGGACGACCCUACUUAAGUAAUCUUAUCAACUCGAAAACAUAUUUUAGAAUUUCCGCCGACGUCUCAUGAGACAACUCAUUUACUGUAUGUGCCAGGCCGCUGUAAGGGCCCCUCAGGAGUUGCCUGACUGAGAGUGUCAUAAAGGCCACAUAAAGAAGGGGCCAUUGCAGCCUGAUUCUCAGACCUGCGAAGGGGUUCAGUUUACCCCGUCAGCUGGCAACCCUCAAAACCACUGUACCUAACGCAUCGUUAUGGAUUUAGAAUUAUUACAGUAAAGACUGCGCUGAUGUGCCCUGAAGAUUCAUUCCGAAGUGUAGACCUCACUCUCUGGCUGACUUAUGAUGACGGCUGACAAGCCAGAAAUGGUCAAUUACAGUCUCCUUUGUCUUUGUUAGUAAUGCCAUGCUCUCUCCCCCUGCUUCCCCCCCUCCCUUACCCUAUGCACCUGUCAACCACCGGGUGUGGAAAUUUGGCGCAGUGGCACUCAUGUACGACAGUAGCUAUGACCUCGCACUGACUCAGCGCAGAUCGAUAAACGCCUGCCGUAGGCCAAUCUGACCUCCACGGCGCAGCCCAUUAUCGGAGACAAUGGAGUACACCUCCCAUAUCACUGAUAGCACGGACGUGCCACUGCAGGAAGGCCUAUACAUGCUGUUUCCUGGCCUGCUGCCCUCCCGUCCACUGAUGCCUACAGGCCUACAUGCUAGAUCCUUAAAUGUCCAGGGCUAGAGGGGUUUGAAUUAGACUCCCAAUUCCGCGGAAGUAGUAUGCACUUAGCAGUUGUCUGUAUGUGUGGGGGGUGUACGCGGCCAGACCUCCAUAAACGUCUGCGGAGUUGCGAUAGAUGAUGACUGCGUUCAUUUUACCCACUGAUUCGGACGUGUCACUGGUUCAGGCUGGGAGAGGAAAGCGCGGUUGUGCUCCUCACAUGCCUAUUCGUGUCUAGGAAACAGCUCGUAUGCGCCAGGCAUAAAGUAGAUGUGCUGUCUCAUGGAGUGUUAACUGAAAUUCUGAAGAAUGUUUUCGAUUCCAAAAUAUUGCUUUAGUGGGACCGUAGAAUUAAUCAUCGUGCAGCAUAAUCCUAAAAUAUUCCAGUCACGCCGGGAUGCCGACUUUUGAAUGAGCUUCUUUUCGGCCAUCUGCAUCUGUUUAAGUAGUAUGACCUUUUCCUAUUUAUCUUCGAUGUCCUUAUAAAUUCAAAUAUAUUUUAUAGAAAACGUGUAAAGGACGUUCUUUUCCGCACUCAGAGCUUCUUUUCGGCCAUCUGCAUCUGUUUAAGUAGUAUGACCUUUUCCUAUUUAUCUUCGAUGUCCUUAUAAAUUCAAAUAUAUUUUAUAGAAAACGUGUAAAGGACGUUCUUUUCCGCACUCAGAGAGAGAGGGAGGGAGGGAGAAGGAGAGAGAUUUCUCUAGACAUUGGAAUGUCCAUCCAUGCAGCACCACAUCAAAACGUUUAUUAAUGCUACUUAUAUGACGUUUUCUUAGUAGUGUAUGGUGACGUAGGAUUUCUCCUCCACGGAAAGUAUACAGCUCGUUAAGUGAAAACGCUGAACGCAAAUGCAACGCCAGAUCGACCUCAAAACUAUUCAGGAAUCGAGAAAAUUUUUAUAAACUGCAAGAUGCUCUUUUCAAGUAGAAAAAAUUGAACAAGACGUAAUUUGCUACCAAAUAAGUACUAGUGAGGGAGGGGACAUUUUAUGCAUGUUUUGCGAAUAAUGUGUUUGAAUUUGUAAGCGAACCAAAAAUCGAUCGGAAAAAUCCACACUAAGGUGAUCGUUUGCACAGACUACAGCGCAUCUACUUUAGGUUGGGGGGCUGUACCACGUCGACCUUUGAACCCGCGCCCAUCUUUUUUGUUUCGACUUAUUGUCGAGACAGUAGCUGUGAACAGUGGGUGCGGUAGACGCUGCGCAAGUUCCCUCCGGUGCAACCAAUUAAUUCACGAGUCCCAUGUCUCCCAGACGGCGGUGGUUGCCUCCGAGUGCGAUGGAGGAAGGAGUAGCUGCUUUGGUGUGUCGCUAUCCAAGCUAGCUGACCAUUCCGCUCUGGCGCCGUCUAACCGGAACUAUCAUGUGUGGUGAUAAGCAGCCAUGCCGGACGCAACGGCCUAGACUAACUAAUUAAGUCAGGUGGCGGUAGCCGACGUUUCUUAUAAACACUAGUGAAUUUGUAUGCAAAGUCUACGUCAAUUGUGGACGAAGGACUAGCCUUGUCAUCGCACGUGUAGUCCGGAGCCAGAUUGGCGCCUGCACCCCAUAUCGACAGUUAAUCGUCUUCACCUAGGCUUUCCAGUGGAUCACUGUGUGUUUUAGCCUUGCUUUAAGUUCGGGAAGUUAGGUUUCCCCCUGAAAUUCGGCGCAAAGCUACCCGUAGUACGUUGGGGAGUCCAUAUUCCGUGCCCGCCCCCCCUUGAUUCAUAAGCAAAACAGGUGAGAAAGACGGCCUUCCGUUUUUUCGUUGUCGUUAGACCGCCUGCGUUGUCUGGAUUAUGUCCUUCGCCUGGUGGUAGUCUACCCGGCGCCUCUGUGAAUGGCGAUUAGCGAACCGGCCUUCAGUAUGAGCAACCUGUGAAUCGAACUCUAGGCCCCCGAGUCUGACGUAUAAGCAUUCGUAAAGAAUGGAGAUACGAUCGCUGGAACAAGAGCUUUAUUAGCCUUACGUUUCGGAUUCCUGCUGGGACCCAUCAUCAGAGACAAUAGUAGAUAUGGGUAGUUUAUACACAAGGGGUUGAAGUAUUUGUAGGAUUCAUUCAUCGUACUACUACAUACCUACGAAAAUUCACGGCUUCCCCAAUGGUCCCCAGUCUAUUAACAGAAGCACUGACCUUCCCCUUCCAUAUUCGGUGCUGCGACUUCGCCUACGCGGAGUAAUUAGCCACUUGCGGAGCGCACAAGUGAACACUCUUCCCAAUGCCAUGGUCGGUGGGUCCGAUGGUCUAGCGUUCAUCACACCAAUAUCCAACGCCCGUGAUGAAAUUGGAACGAUUAACGACGCGAAUGUCGGCUAUCGAACAGUCAUCAGACGAAGUGCGACAAUCCUCGAUGAGGGAGGGAGCCGUGGAUUUUCAUAGGUAUGCGGUACCAUGGCAACUGCAUCCCUUGUGCAUGAACCACCCGUAUCUGCUUUUGUCUCUGAUGAUGGGCUCGAGCAGGAAUCCGAAACGUCAUGCGAAUAAAGUUCUUGUUCCAGCGAUCGUGUCUCCUUCACGACUGCUUCCUGGUACUCGUCUCUUUGCUUCUAUUGGCAACUUAUUUGGGUGCGAUACGCUCCGAUCGGACCGGCGAUGGGAAACAUUCGCCCGUCGAGAGGCCUCUACGUAUGCGUAGAUCCGGUUUUUGCACAGGUGUCUCGACAAUAAUGUAUUGCCGAAAUGCAUUCCAUACAAGCCCCCGGUGAACACGGAUUUGGCGAGACGAGCAGUAUUUCAACAUGGCAGAAGAAUGAUCUGAGUGCUUCUCCAAGAUUGCCACGCGAGACUUCACAAGUACUGUAAGAGGAUUGACCAAGAGGCGACCAGAUGUUGUGAGCUUAUGGGCAAGAUCGGUACAAAUCUGCUCCUGCAGAGGAUGACUGGACGAGCCCGCAAACAGAGAGUGACACGCCACGCAGCACUUGACAGCAGACUUCGAAAGCUGCCCAAUUCGCCGUCGCCCAAAAGCGACGAACUGGUGCACAACCCGUCUUCAAAGGAGCCGACAAACGAUCAGAUGCAGGUUUCACGUGCGAAGCUUCAUCCAACACGGCCGACGCCUAAAUUGCCAACACGAUCACGGCGGCGACUUCCUUGUCAGACAGAAGCGUCGGAGGAGACUAAGAGCCUCAUCUGACUUGCACAGCACCUACCGCACUCUCACCCUCCUGGGUCAAGUGUCAUUAGAGAGUCAAGAAAACUGGAGACAAGAUCGGACGCAGUGACUGCCAAAGCUAAGCAUGCCACACGCCCUGUCCGUGCACAACUGACCAGGUUUUCAUAGAGACAGGAAAGGGGCGGCGGGCAGCCAACCUGAGUGGAAGUGCCAUAGUGGCUACAUGAGAGAGGACCCACUGCGGCCCGUCUCUUUUUCCUGAAAGGGUGACUGAGUUGUCCCAUCAGCCUUCCAAGCCACAGCUUCCAGCGCAGCGUCAUAAUGCAUAAGCGGGAAGUAAACGGCCAAUUAGAUUUGCUAGAUUCUUGCCACCUCAGCCUCCCGCCAGCUGUCUGCAUCCAAGCGGGCCGGUUUUUUUGGUACCGAAACUUUUAGGUCAGGUAAUAUUCUCGUCUGUCGCUCGCAAAACUCCCAUGUCGAAAGCUCUAUAAAAUUCCAACACAAUCACGAAUCUUAAAUCUGAAAUCCGGUGUUACUUUGCAACCCAGGGCGAAUGGCUGCUACUAAGAUCGCUAUGUCACCAACCGAGUGAGUUCCGUAAAAACGAUCGGUGAGCACCCCUCUACCAUUGUACAUUCCCGAUCGCAACCGACAGGACAACAAGCUCGUGGCUCAGUGAUUAGAGGUGUUGGACUUCUAACUAACAGAUCGCGAGUCCGAGCCCCGGAUGUUCCACACAUCGGGGUUGGGUAUGACUGGCUGACGGCGACGACGACGAUGACCAAUAAGUUAGAAAUGGCCAUUCCAGUCUCCCUUGUCUUUGUCGGUAAUACCAUUCUGCCUAUAUUGUGCGGCUGCUGAUUGGGCACAAUGGGACGAGUGAGUUCCGUAAAAACGAUCAGUGAGCGCCCCUCUAAUGUCGGUAACACGAAAACUAACUGCCUGUCUUACACUAGCUUUGCUUUUUAUUUCAGGCCUUCCGGGACUUCUGACUCCUCGCCCACCUGCAAUCUCUUGA